AAGACUACUACUUGUAGCUUCAAUCAUUCUUUAGAGACAUCAUUUGUGUAGUAACUUGUGCACAUUUAAAACAUUUAGUUGUGCUUUAUCACAAUGAAAGAGUGUUGCCGGCAGUUUACAUCGGUUGAAAUCUUGUAAUACAUUUUUAAAUGUUAGGUGGGUUUUAUAUGGAAAAGACAAUGCUGGACCGAGAAGUGAUUAAAAGGUGAUAAAAGCAAUAACCGUGGAUUAUUUUUUGUCAUAAAAAAGUAGCAGUGGAUUUGAUCGCGCCAACAUGUAUUUGAUUGAUUCCUCAGCGAACUCUUCGGCGUCUGUAACCAGUGCCGGCCCCGUAUGGCCAAACGCGCCCAAACAUCAAACCGCCCCCGGCAACCACCAUUGUCCACCACACGUAUGAAAAGAUAUAAUCGCAGUGUUUAUCGUCUGACCUCGUUGCGCAGACAGUGUUCUAGAGAUCUGCAAGAAUGGCCGAAAGUGUGGACACUAACGCUUCCUCAGCCGAACCGUGCAGUUUCGGCGAAAACGUUACUAACGAAAUAAGUGAAAGUGAUCGUUCUUUGCUUGUUGUCAAUAAAGUUAGUGUUAAAGCGCCCCAAUUAGUUUCCAACGGCACCGUUUCGUGCCAGAGUGAUAACAAGAAGUGCACCCAAAAUGGAGCACCUGCAAAAAGGUCUGAUUUGCCAUAUAAGAAGAACGCGAAAGGAAAGCCUAAAUUGGAGAUAAAUCCAUUGUUUGAUGCUAGUGAAAGUGAGAAGCUUUUAAAUAGUCCUGGAAACAUGCACACGGCACCAGAAGAAAAACCAGUAUUACAUGUACAAUUUAAUCAUAAUGACGGCGGUUCGUUCGUUAAAAAAGAUCAACCUUCAGCAAGCCCCUCUUCCUCAGAUGAUUCUAGUUCAUCAUCUAGUUCAUCUUCAAGUGAAUCUUUGGAAAUAGCCGAAGCCAGACCUCCAGAUGGAGGUUGGGGAUGGGUUGUUGUCGCUGCCUCUUUCGUAGUAAAUCUGAUAGCCGAUGGAAUAACAUUUAGUUUCGGCGUCAUAUUCGUAGAAUUUUUGAAUUAUUUUGGGGAAAACAGGAGCACCACUGCAUGGGUAGGCAGUUUGUUUAUGGCCAUGCCUUUGCUAUCUGGCCCCAUAGCCAGUUUCCUAACGGAUAGAUAUGGAUGCCGCAAAGUUACAAUAUAUGGAGCUCUCUUGGCAUCAAUAGGCUUUAUUAUUAGUUCCCAGGCGAAUAGCAUGAUAGUACUCUGCAUUACAUUUGGAGUCAUUGCCGGAUUUGGGCUUAGCUUAUGUUACGUGGCGUCAGUUGUAAUCGUGGCGUAUUACUUCGACAAGAAAAGAUCAUUCGCAACUGGUUUAGCCGUUUGUGGAAGUGGCAUUGGCACGUUUAUAUUUGCACCUUUGAUUCAGAAGCUACUAGAAGAGUACGGCUGGCGAGGAACCACCCUAAUUUUGGCCGGUCUGUUCUUAAACAUGGUCGUUUGCGGUUGUUUAAUGCGCGACCUGCCGUGGACAUCAGAGAAACAAAAAUCCCUAGCCAAGGAAAGGAAGAAGAACAGGCACUUGAAGCGGAAAAGCCGACUGAUGUCAGCCGAUUCAUUUUCCAUUAGCACUGGAACAUGUAAUGCUAGCGUUCUUCAGCCGAUUAUUGAAGGCAGUGUGGAUCACGAAUUUGACGUGCAAAAGUCCCGUUUAUGCAACUCUGUGGUCCAUCUACCAACUUACAUAAGAGAUGGCGAAACAAUUCCAGUCGAAGUGUUGGAACUGUUGGCCAGUAAUAAAAAUAUUUAUGAUAUACUGGUAGCCAACUAUCCGAAUCUUCUUGUGCCCUCAAGGAGCUUUAGCGACUCCGGGCGUCUAACUGAAGCAAACGCAUCAUUUAAACAUGCCAAUACAACUACACAACUUUCACCUCCAGCCGUGAUGUCAACACCAAGGGACAAAAGUUGGUGGGUUAAAGGGAAUCCAGCUUCACCUUUAUCGCCCACUCAAAAGUCGUUGCCUGCAAGAAAGUUGCCUGGAUCGGCAUUUCUGAAAGACCUUAGAAUCCAUAGGCUUUCUGUUACGUAUCGAGGUGCCAUGUUGAAUCUGAAAAGAUACCGGUUGCGGGCUAGUUCAUGUCCGGACAUUUACAGGAAUUCUAUGACCACCAUAGCUCAAGAAAAGUCUCAAUGGGGUGCGGGACUAUGGGACUUUUGGGACCUCAUAGUUGAUAUGUUUGAUUUUUCGCAUUUUGCCGAUCCCAAGUAUUUGGUGUUUGCGCUUUCCAAUUUUCUGUUGUACACUUGGUAUGAUGUACCUUAUGUAUACUUAACUGACAAUGCCAAUAUGCUGGGGUAUCCGGAAAAUCAAGCUUCAAUAUUGAUAUCGAUUAUUGGUAUUAUCAAUAUGGUUGGUGAGAUAAUCCUGGGAUGGGCCGGGGAUCGAUCUUGGGCCAAUGCCAGCAUCAUCUACGCAAUCUGUAUGUGUCUUUGCGGCGGAGUCAUAGCCUUGACUCCAUUAAUUACCGACUAUUAUAUUCUUUGUUUGAUUUCGGGAGCUUUUGGAUUUCUGAUAGCUGCCAACUACUCACUGACGUGCGUAAUCUUAGUCGAACUAAUCACAUUAGAUAGAUUCACGAACGCCUAUGGAUUGCUGCUACUUGUGCAAGGUUUUGCCAAUUUAAUUGGACCACCGCUAGGAGGUUGGCUCUAUGAUAUUACCGGCACCUACCAUCUAUCGUUCUAUUUGGCUGGACUAUUCAUAGCAAUUUCGGGAUUAAUGUUGGUGGUCAUUCCCGUUACGAAACGGUACAAGCGUUUCAUGAAAGAACGAUCAUCGUCCGAAUCGUCUAGUAAAGAAUCUUCUCAAGAUGUCACUAAAAAAGACCCAGCGUUGGAGACGGAAGAUAAUACUCUAGCAUAGAAGAAAUUUGUAAUCUCGAUGAAGGUCGAAUAGACUGCGAUACGAAUAGUUUAAUAUUCCCAAUUAGUUGAAGCUGUACAGUUUUUCAAGUUUUCUUUUAAAUGUGUUUUUAAUACUCAUUUACUCUCUAAUGACUAUUUUUUAUAAUCUCUUCUAAUCCUUUAAGAGAGAACCAUUUUGUGUUUUCGUAUGCAUUUUAAUGUUUUGAAAUGUUUUAAUUUGAUUUACGUUGAAACUAGUAAGUUGGUAGAUCUUUAAACGAAAUGUAACAUAUGGUUCGCGAGCAUUCAUUUUGUUGUAUUCAGUUGGAUUUAGUUUUGCUAAAACAAACAAAUUUUGUAGAAAAACUGUUUGAUUUUAGACCUGAGUAUUAAAUAGCUAACCUACCUCUUACUCUAAUUCUAAUGUAUAUAGUGCAUUCAGUAUAGUUGUCACCAUGGUUGGACUUUUAUUAUAAUUCUAGUGAAAAUAUACACUUUAAAACUUUUGUAACCGUUCACUUAAAAAAUAUACAUUUUUUAGUUAUUUUCAAUGUUUUUUUUGUGUCAUACUAAUGCUUUAGCUACACACUUCGUGAUUUGCUUUUUACAUUUUUAAGUGAUGUUUGCGUUAAUUCUUAUUGAAAUACGUGCUGAAUAGUACGUAUUUUACUAUUAUUCAAUCAUGGUGAUGAAUACGUGGAGCAUGAGUGCCAUUCAUUUGCAUUUGGUGGGUAGUGUCGCCAAUAUUGACAAAUUCAUAUUAAAAAAUCACAAUUUCUUCAGGGUUUUAACAUUUUCAUUAAUUAAUUGAGGCAUUAAUUGGUUGUGUGCAUAACAAACAACUUUUCAUCUACCUAGAAAGUUUUUUCAUCUACCUUUGAAAGUUCUAACUUUGAAAUUAAUUCUGCGGCGCAAUAAGCAUAAUAUUGAAUGAAUUAAUAGUUGAAAAUAGAAAACAUUAGACAAAUAUAUAUACCUUCUACUUCCCAAUCACUUUUUUCUGGAAUAUAAAAGUGCAAUUGCAAAUAUAGCAAAAUAAUUCGGUCGCUCUAAGCUCUAAAAUUGUUUUAGUGAAGUAUCGAAAAGGCCAGCUGAGUAACCGAAUUCUGCAAAUAGUCGUUUUGAAGGCAAACAUAUCUUUAUCCGACUUAUAAAAUCACCAUAACUUAACAGCAGAUCUAAAAUUGAACAUUUCAAGUUUACAGAAGGAAAUCAGUCAAUUCGCUUCAUUUAUUGGAUUGUAAUAAAAAUCUAGUACAAGAAGAAAAUCCCCUGUGUCCAUUAAUCCAUUAAUUCACCGUAUAAUUUGUAGUAAAUUCAUCGUUAUUCAAAUUGACCAUGCAGAUCAUAAAUUCAAUCCUUAUUUAAUUAAUGGAUGUGGUCAUUUAGUUUGGAAAUACUACAAUAAAUUUAAAGUGAUUUUAUGGAGCUGCUCUUUAAUGACGCUGUAUAAAUUAGAUCAACGAAUAAUGGCACUCUUCCACAUGAAAAUAAGGACUUAACAAUGUUUGAUUGUACAUUUUUAUUUGAAUGUUUUGGUGUUACCUUGGUUUGAUUUUUAUUGUAACAUUAUACAUGAAAUGGUAAAUGAGAGGGAUGAACAAUUUUAGUUCGCAAGAACACAUUUAACAUACCGAUUUGUUGGUACAUUCUCUAUUCUAAAUAGACUAACAUUUUUGAUGAAUUUAAUCUAGAGGCUGUGUGCUUAUAUUUAUAGGGGAUACUUUCGAUAGCUGUAAUCCCAAAGUUAAUCAAUACCGACGUACUACCGAACUUUAACUGUUAAAGAAAUUGUCGAAUAGUUAAUGGGAAACAAGUUUGUGUAAUUCUAUUGUAGUAAACCACAUAUAGAACAAAACUCGCCUUUACCAUUUGCGAAAUAAUUGAACCAUAUUUAAAAUAGCUUAGAAAAAAACUUUUUCAACCCUUUAUACUAGCCGAAAAUGAGUGCGAUUGUUACGACUCGCCAAGGUGUUGAUGAGCUAGCUAUACCUGUGAUUAAAUUCGCUCAUGCUUGAUGUAGUUUUCGAAAUAGGACGCUAAAAUAAACUGAUAUGGAUCAAGUUUGGAUCUAUUGGUUGAAUGAUUGAAAUAAUAUUCAACGAACCAUGGAAAAAGUUCCAAUGCUGACACUAUUCACAAGCUGUUAUCAACUAUCUACAAUUUUCCUAUUUAUUUAAUCUCAUAUGUCGUAUGCGAACGUGAGUAUUUAAAGAUGUUCAUUAUUAUGUAGUUUUACUUAAAAUUAAAUCGAAAAACUCUGACUGAACUUAAAGAUUUUAAUGUUUCAAAAAUGUUUGUUUCGAUAUUUUUUUCGAAUAUGGUAAUAGUAACUACCAAAUAUGUUAAUAAAAAAUAAUUCAGCUGUAAUUGAGUAAACUUUUUGCAUGGUCGAUAUUUUGAAUUUUUUUUAGAUUUUUGCAUGAUAACUACGAAAGUAUAGAAAUAGUAAGCGCUCAUAUCUAGGCCUUUGCUCUAAUAUGAUUGAUUCUAAAGUUACUUGUUAUUCAGUAUUCUCUUUAUAAUUCAAAGAUGGUUCAAUAAUAGUUUUUCUAAUUCAAAGUUAUUAGGAUUAGACUAGAUUUUCGAAUAGUUUUGAUUAAGGUAUUAGUUUUGUAAGUAAAAUGUGUUCUAGAAAAAGUUCAAACAAAUGACUAAGGUUUAAAUAAAUUGAAUAUUAACAGA